AUGGCGGCCAUUCUUUUCAAGGGAAUCGCAGCUCGCUCUCUCACCACACGUCUUACUAGUUCCUGUUAUUAUGGAAUGAAAUACUCAACCAAGGUGUCUAAUGAUCCAGACACACACGAUGACUUCAAGCCAGCUAAUAAGCUUGAGAAGUCUGGCACUUCUUUGUCAAACAUUAUUGAGCAGGAUGUCAAGGAUAAUCCUGUUAUGCUAUACAUGAAAGGCGUGCCUGAUUUUCCACAGUGUGGAUUUAGUUCUCUUGCAGUUAAAGUUUUAAAACAAUAUGAUGUUCCUUUAAGUGCUAGAAACAUUUUGGAGGAUCCUGAACUAAAAAAUGCUGUAAAAGCCUUCAGUCACUGGCCAACAUUUCCACAAGUUUUCAUUAAGGGAGAGUUUGUUGGUGGAUCAGACAUUAUUCUUAAUAUGCACCAGACCGGUGAGUUGAAGGAAAAGCUUAAGGAUAUUGUGUCCAAGCAGUAA